CAGUUCUCGGAAAUCACGUGACAGGCGGCAGGCGUGGAAUCCUGCUAGUUUCAGGUUUGUUUUGGUGACUGGUGUCUCCCGGACGCUUGCCCCUCUCUCUCGUACGGCGAAUCGCCCUGUUAAGCGAGGAACCCGACGCCGUGCUUUCCCAGCGGCCAUGGAAGACCCCGCGGUGCUGGUGCUGAAGCGGGCGGUGGAGCUGGACUCGGCUUCUCGCUUCCAGGAGUCCCUUGUUUGCUAUCAGGAAGGGAUUGACCUCCUGAUACGGGUCCUCAAAGCAACAAACGAUCAGAAGAAAAAGGCUCAUUACAGAGACAAAAUAACAAGUUACAUGGACAGGGCAGAAGAGAUUAAGAAAUAUAUUGAGAAAGAGAAAGAAGAUGGAAAAUACCACAAACAAAUUAAAAUAGAAGAAAAUACAAAAGGUUUCAGCUAUGAAAAGCUGUUCCAAGAAUAUCUUAAUGAAACUGUUACAGAGGUUUGGGUUGAGGACCCUUACAUUAGGCAAGUCCAUCAGUUGUACAACUUCUUAAGAUUCUGUGAAAUGCUUGUUAAAGGACGAUGCAAAGUGAAAACUAUACAUCUUCUUACUUCUCAUAAUGAAGGCAAUGAACAGAGUCAACAAAUGACUAUCCUAGAAGAGAUAAAACAAUCCCUGCAAGAUUUUGGCGUUACUCUGGAUGUAUCAUACUCUCCAUCAAUACAUGAUCGAGAAAUUAGAUUCAACAAUGGAUGGAUGAUUAAAAUUGGAAGAGGCCUUGAUUAUUUUAAGAAACCACAGGGUCGUUUUUGCCUUGGAUACUGCGAUUUUGAUUUGAGACCAUGUCAUGAAACUACAGUGGACAUCUUUCACACUAAACAUACAAAGAAAACAUGACCCUCAGUUUCCGUUCCAACCAGUCUCAUUGGUGUGUUUGGUUUUUUGAGCAAGAGCUACUCCUUCCACUAUGCAUUUUUUGUAAAGUAAACUGAUUGUAUUUUUUUCAAUUUAAAAAAUCUGCACAUCAGCCCAAUAGCUUAUCUAAACAAAAUGGCAUGUUUGCCCCGGAGUAAUGAACUGUCGGUGAAGAACACAAUUCUGAUUUGCUUCCUUGUGCUAGACUAUCUCAUUUUCUCCCCAUACCAUGUGGAAGGAUACUCAAGAAAGCCUCUGAAGUAAAACAUUUGACUACUGCAUUUGUCUCUAAACAGCUACAAUUCAGCAAAACUUGAUUGGUGCACAGGAAAUAAUUGUGCAUAUAGCUGGAAGAUUUAUAGCAGUUUUCACUACAGCCAUUUGCACUGCGUAUAGAUUUAAGUUUUAAACUGAGAAGUUGGUUGCUUCUUCACCAUGUGGUAGAGGUGUCAAAGAAACCCUCUGACAGCAUUUUCCUCCUAUUUUAACUGGGCUGGAUUCAGACUAAAUUAGUUCUUCUUUAGUCCCAUACAUAGCCAUGAGACAAGUUAAUCACGGCUAACUUAAACUUGGCUAAUUUCAGUUAAACUAAAGCUGUAAUUAGCUUAGUCUGGAAGGAUACACCCCAUAUUAACCUCAGGGACCACAAGUUAAACAGGGAUGUUGAUGGUUCCCAGACUAUAUUUUAAGAAUCGCUGAACUAAGCAAGUAGCAAAAAUCUUCCAAACUCAGAUAUUACAGGCAUCUUAAACGUGUGAAAAAGCAGCUAACUUCACUGGGGGUCAAAACUGGUAAGAUGCUACCGCUAUGUAUAAUAAAGCUGUCCACUUAAUAUGCUCAAUGAAUUUGGAACCGUACAGGGAGCUUUUGCCUUUUAUGCCAAUUUACUGAAGAAACAGAAUUCUGGGGGCAGUCAUGCAGCUUCUGUCACAAUAACAGGCUGAUGUCAUCACGCAACAAUGGAGUUUCCCACAUUAGGGGAACCUCAGACCGGCAUAAUACGGACAUGAUCACUGUGGAUUACCUAUGAGAAAAGGCAGAACUCUUGUAAAGGAGAGCAACCCAGACAGACACAGGCUUCGACACUCUAUAUAGAGUCUAGAAUCAGCACAGCAAAAUCGAGCACUAUGCCAACCUGUCAACAAUGGGAGAAGGAAAGAACAUUCCUGUGAACCUCCUUUAAAUAGCAGCCUCUUGGUUAAUCCCUAUGUUCUAGGUCUCUCUUUUAAAGCCACCUCCUAAUAAACUGCUAGGAGGUACAUGAUCACCAAAGUCUUAAGUACUUUUACAUUGAUGAUUGACUUAAAUAGAAGUUGCUUUCAAGUAAGGCUCUCAAGCUAACAACGCUUAGCAUGAUGCCUCUAUUUCUUACUAGAACUGGGAAUUCAGAAGGCGUAAAAACCUUAAGAUUCUUGUCUUGAAUGUCUAGGUACAUGUUUUUAAUGCUAUACUAUGCCAUGUUUCUUUCUACCAGUAUUUUUAUUUUGUUUUAUACUGUUUGCAAGCCAUUGUGUGAUCCAUUUGGGCAAGUCUGUAGGAUGCUAGCUUUAAGAAAUAAAUAUGUACAUUUUAAAAGAGAAGACUUCUAAGGACUGGUGAUAAACAUUUUAAAAAACAAAAC